GCAAAAGUAGGAGCUGAACUCAAUUAACAUGGCUCUCUGGGUACUCUUCCUCGUCGUCGCCGCCGUUGCCACCAUCGUCUCCGCCACUGACCACAUUGUCGGAGGUAACAAAGGUUGGAAUCCCGAUAUCAACUACACUCUCUGGAGCAACAACCAAACCUUCUAUGUCGGUGACUUUAUUUCAUUUAGGUAUCAAAAGACACAACACAAUGUGUUACAAGUGAACAAAAUGGGAUACGAUAGUUGCACAAUAGAGGGUGCACUUGGGAAUUGGAGCAGUGGAAAAGACUUCAUUAAGCUGGACAAGUCCAAGAGGUAUUACUUCAUUUGUGGCAUUGGUGGAUGCUCUAAUGGCAUGAAGCUCUCUAUUCUUGUUCACCCUCUUUCACAAUCACCUCCUCCGAGGUCAGCCGUCUCAGCCGUGCAUUCUUCUGAAAAAUCUGCUGCUAACGGUGUUGGUGGUUUCGGGUCGAUACUGGUGUUGGUUGGAUUAAUGGCAUUUGUAUGUGCUUGGAUUUAACUAGUUUCGGCCAAGAACAUUCUAUGCUUGUUAGCUGGAUUCUGAAAUUGCGACAACCAUUAUUUAAGUCACUACAACAACAACAUACCCAUGUAAUCCCACGAGUGGGGUCUUGCAGUGUUUAAGUGACUAGUAUUUUUGUAUUUGUCAUUUUGAUUAGAUCAGUUAUGGUUCUGUUAGUUUUUUAGGUGAAAUUUUGUUCAGUUUGAAAAUUUCUCUUGUUAUUUUCUUUAAUUUAUGUCCACGUGGCACUCCAUUUGUUCUUCUGACUGUCUUUCGUAGCACUCUGAAAACUUAUUUCAGCAUUGGUUUCAAGCUUUAAAUAUAUACCUUUUUCUUACCAAAAAAGGACAAAGGAUUAAUUAUACAUGUGCCUAGCAUCAAAGGUAUCAUUGAACAAUACUGGAUACUUUGUUACUAGAGUUGAUCCAAUUCUUUAUAAAGGGUGUGUUAUGGAGAGGUUGUUGUAAACCAAGCUAACUCCUUAAGGGCCUAUGGGCUAGAAGUAGUGAAUAACACUCAUUCAAUUGGAAUUAUUGGAUCGAGUAAAAUGUUGGAGCGUUUUAUUUGGGAUCCAGGCCUAAUUAGCAACUACUUAAAAGGGACAAGGGGUUUGAAAGAAGGUUUAUGCAUAUUGUGAUUCUUAGGCAAAUUCUGCUUCUUUCAUCCCACAUUCUGAGUCUAGUUUCUCAUCUCCUUCUACAAUCUAUCCUAGUUCUUACUUUUAAUAUUUCUGUAUUUCCGUUUGGCCUUUUGCCAUUUGAGUUAUCACAUUUACUUGCAGGAGUUUGUCUUAUUAAUAUAGUUGAGAAACAGUUUACUAUCACAUUCGACUUGAGUUCAUUACAGAGGCCUGACUGUAUAUGCUACUAAUUGAAUUUAAUUUCGUAAAAUUAAAAAAAAAAAAAAACUAAUAGAGGGGCGUACGUGUUUUUGGAAAGUCUUGAUUUUU